CCAGGGGAGUGGAUGAAGCGGCUGUGCCCCGCACGCAGCCAGCGGUCCAGACGGUUGGUUCCCUUCCGCUUGCCGAGAGCAGGAACCUUCCUUGCCCCACUUCCUCCUUGUCCAGCACGGGGCCUGCUGUGGUGUCGUCAUUUAAAACGCUGAAUCUCCACGACCUAUUGGACUUUUACCAAAAAAAAAGAAAAAAAGCUCUCGGCGUGUGGCCACUCGCAGUGACGUCGGGCGGGCGCGAUGAUUCAGUGAGGGGACCGUGGCCCGGGCGGCAAGGGAGCCCGCUGCUGCAGGAUGGACGGGGACGAGGAGUUCUUCGAUGCCGUCACAGGCUUUGAUUCCGAUAAGUCUCCUGGGGGAUUUUCAGAGGCAAAUCCCAGAGUCACCACAGUGGUCCACACGGGCGCCAGCACGUGCAACGGGGCCGGAAAAGCUGGGGAGAGGCCCCCUCAAGAGAACGGGGUGCAGAGACGCAGGACCUCGCUGCCGGCCCCGAUGUCCACCAGGAGCGACUUCAGCGUGUGGAGCAUCCUGAAGCGCUGCAUCGGCCUGGAGCUGUCCAAGAUCACCAUGCCCAUCGCCUUCAACGAGCCCCUGAGCUUCCUGCAGCGCAUCACGGAGUACAUGGAGCACGUGCACCUUGUCCACAGGGCCUGCCGCCUGCCCCAGCCCCUGGAGAGGAUGCAGGUGGGUGCCAGGCCCCUUUCCGUGCACCGUGAGGCCACGUUCGCCCCCGCGAUGCUGACCGCUCUCCGCCGGGCGCGGCCCUUCGCUGAUGCCCAGACACAGCGUGUGCGUGUGUGUGCGCCGUCUGUUAGCACGCGCACCACCAGAGCGUGUGUGGCCGGCAGCGUGGCAUGGCUCCCGGUCCCCAGCUCCUCUCCCAGACCCCGGGCCCCUGUCACGCGCUCGUGCCCGCCGGGCUGCGGGGCUGAGCGUUGCCGGUUCGCAGUCGCUCACGCGGCCCUCCCUCUCGGCUUUGCACCCAGGGAAGACUUGGGGUUCCGAUUCAUAUGCGAGCAGGUCAGCCACCACCCGCCCGUCAGCGCCUUCCACUCCGAGGGCCUGCAACAGGACUUCCUGUUCCACGGCUCCAUCUACCCCAAGCUGCGCUUCUGGGGCAAGAGCGUGGAGGCCGAGCCCCGUGGCACCAUCACGCUGGAGCUGCUCCGACACAGCGAGGCUUACACCUGGACCAACCCCACCUGCUGCGUGCACAACGUGAUCAUCGGGAAGCUGUGGAUAGAGCAGUACGGGACGGUGGAGAUUUUAAACCACAGAACUGGAGAUAAGUGCGUGCUUCACUUCAAGCCGUGCGGGCUGUUUGGGAAAGAGCUGCACAGAGUGGAAGGCCACAUCCAGGACAAGAACAGGAGGAAGCUGUCCAUCAUCUACGGGAAGUGGACGGAGGGCCUGUGGGGCAUCGACCCGGUGGCAUACGAGUCCUUCAGGAAGCAGGAACGGAGGGGUGAGCUCCCGAGACAGUCACAGCCGGACAGCAGUGCCGAGAGAGCUGACAGCGACGUGGCCGACGCCGAGCCCGAGGUCCAGGAGACCGUGCAGGUCAUCCCCGGCAGCCAGCUGCUCUGGAGGGUCAACGCCCGGCCCCCCAACUCCGCCCAGAUGUAUAACUUCACCAGCUUCACCGUCAGCCUCAACGAGCUGCAGACGGGCAUGGAGAAGAUCCUGGCUCCCACUGACUGCCGCCUGCGCCCCGACAUCCGCGGCAUGGAGGACGGCAACAUGGACCUGGCCAGCCAGGAGAAGGAGCGGCUGGAGGAGAAGCAGAGGGAGGCCCGGAGGGAGCGCGCCAGGGAGGGGGCCGAGUGGCAGACCAGGUGGUUUCGCCAGGGCAGGAACCCGCACACCGGGACCCCCGACUGGCUGUACGCAGGGGGCUACUUCGAGCGGGAUUUCUCAGGCUGCCCAGACAUCUACUGAGGCCUGGCGUGGCCCCGGGGCCCGGACCCUCAAGGCUGGGCUCCGUCCGACCAAGCACCCCGGCCAAGGACUCAAUCCUAAUGGACUCCGGCUGCCAAACACCGGCCACUGCUGUGGUCUCUUCAUAGAGCCGCCUCGGGGCCGCCACGCCUGCAGCCAGGCCUGAGAAGGGGGCUCGUCAUGUGCUUCUGUGCGACAACAAUUAGCCAGGGCUGCUUCAGCCGACCGCAGCCUCUGCAUACCACUUAGAACCAAAGGACGCGACAGGAAGGGGCCGCACGCCUCCUUAGAUGGGGCGUCAGGGGUUUCUGAAAGUGCGUUAAAUCUGGACCAAUAACAGGAAAGGAUGGAUCUGGAAAAUAACCCUGCAAAGAGCUUUCUGCGGGCCAGGGAUUGCUUUUUAAAUUAUGGUGACACGUAAGCGAAGCUUUUCAAAGCAUCAGACUGAAUGAAAUGAAUAGUUGUCAGAUUCUGUAUUUUUAUCAGUCUCCAAUAAUGUAAAGAUUACUUUUAAAAUAUUUAAGUUAAAACUACUCCAAUAGAAUUUGCUGAAGAGCAAGGUGUGCAUCAAUCACCAGAUGUAUGCUGUCCAGAAGGGAGCAUCACCCUAACAACCCAGGGCGGCCGGGAGCAUUGGCAUUGCUGACCGGAAGCCCCUGGCCUGCCCCAACCCUGAAGGGAGCCCUGGUUCUGGCCACGUCCACUCCCAGCCCCCAGGGCCCAGCCCAUGUCACAGAGUGAGUCAUUUCUUAAAACGAUGAGCCUGUGCC